AUGGCCAUUUCUGAAGUAGCCUCUGCCUGCCACCAUUCCCAACCCAUGACAAUACAGACAUCUAGCCUUCAGGGAGCCUUCAGCAGUCAAAGUCUGACCACAGAGCCACUUUCUUCCAGCACAGGAGACAGCCCUUCCUCAGAGCCCAGCAGCCCAAGCCCUCUGGCCAGCACUGAGACCUCAGCUCUGGAGAAGCCCUCACAGGUCCUCGAUGCAGCCAGUAAACCCAGGACACAGAGCACGAGCACCGUGGAUGGUCACUCCCAGUCUCUGUUGGGCCUGACUCAGUCUCAGCCACAGAAGUACACAUCAAGACUUGACACUUCUCAAGAUGUUAUUCCCACAUCAACCACCAUGAGCCUGAGGACAAGAGAUGACUCGACCAUCUUACCCACCCCCACAUCAGAGACGGUGCUCACUGUGGCCGCAUUUGGUGUUAUCAGCUUCAUUGUCAUCCUGGUGGUUGUGGUGAUCAUCCUAGUGAGUGUGGUCAGUCUAAGGUUUAAGUGUCGGAAGAACAAGGAGUCUGAAGAUCCCCAGAAACCUGGGAGUUCAGGGUUAUCUGAAAGCUGCUCUACAGCCAAUGGGGAGAAAGAAAGCAUCACCCUGAUCUCCAUGAAGAAUAUCAACAUGAAUAACAGCAAAGGAUGCCACACAGCAGAGAAGGCUCUAGUUCCUUAG